CCUCCGUCAAAUGACGUGUUGUCCUCUCGGCUUUUCCGUUAAAGUAGACGACACCGCCGUUUAUCGCCGUGGUCCGUGGAAUUCAACCAGAGGACCCUGACUCUGAGAGACGCCAUCUGGUCCUCCUUCUCUCUCUAUCUCCCCCUCAAUUCCACCUCGAUCUGACGAUCUUCAUAAACCCUACUCUUCGAUCUUUUGCUCAGAUUUGUGUUUUCUCGAUCGGGCAGUCUCCGAUUGGAUUUGAUCGGAAUAAUUAUAUUCGGGUUCGGAAAUCUGGAGAGAGAGUUAGCUAGAGUUUGGUGGCGAUGAUGCAGAGACGGAGUCCGCCGAAGCACAGACAUGAUGGCACGUCGCCUCUUCCAUUGGGGAUGGACUGGAGCCCUCCGCCACGCAAAUGGAAUGGUAGAGAUACUGUUUGGCCUCAUGACCCUCGAACCGGAUGGAGUUAUUGUGCUACAAUACCCUCGUGGGUUGUUCUUCCAAAGUCUAGAAAUUCAGAUCCUGUAGUGUUUUACAGGGUUCAGAUUAGUGUGCAAUCUCCUGAAGGUGUUACCACAAUGCGAGGAGUGUUGAGAAGAUUUAAUGAUUUUCUUAAGCUAUUAACGGAUCUUAAAAGAGCGUUUCCCAGAAAAAGUUUUCCAUCAGCUCCCCCCAAAGGGCUGUUGCGUAUGAAAAGCAGAGCAGUUUUAGAAGAGAGAAGGUGCUCUCUUGAGGAGUGGAUAACGAAGCUAUUAUCUGAUAUAGAAUUGGCAAGAAGUGUAGUAGUUGCAUCCUUUCUUGAACUAGAAGCUGCUGCUAGGUCUGCAUGCCAAGAUGUAGAUCAGAAUGCUUCCGAUGCCAAUAGCUCAAGUUCGUCGCCUAUGGUUCACCCAAAUUUGAGCUUGUUUCAGGCUGGCGGCAGUUCUUCUCUCACAUCUGACUAUGGCAGUGAUACUGCUUAUGAAACAUCUGAGCUUGGAUCUCCAAGUGUAGGACAGGAUGAUAUUUCUGAAAUUGGUACCGAAGAUUUAACUUUGGAUGAAGAAGUAACAAAUCCAAUAGAGAAGCUCGUUAACUUUAGCAUGUCCAACAUUGACGAGGGACUUUCAAUGAGCCAAACUAUUCUAGAGCAACUUGAAGACUUUCCCAAACAUAAAGUCCGCUCAAGAUAUGUGAAUAAUAUCUUAGGGAAGGACAUGUAUAAUGGAAAUGCUUCUAAAGGUGUACUUCUUGCUAACAAUGGCUCACGACUUCUCUCUGAACCAGAAUCAUCAACUCCCUCGGUAAUCCAUAAUAGAAAGCUUUCUGUUGAGAGUGCUGACGGGUUUUCUCUACACACCGGUGAGACAUCAACAUCUGGUCUCCUAAGUUCAAGCAGUGAUAGUCACUUGGAUUUACGCCGAGGUCCUGGUGGAUCGCUUGGAACUGGGCUUGUUUAUAACCCGGAGAGGCAGGGUAGUGCACAAAUAGUUCUUCCACUGGACCUGCGUAAUAAAUUGAACAGGAUUCUGUUAGCCACGAAUGAGAGACUUGUCAAUGCAAAAACAGAUAUGGAGGAUCUUAUAGCAAGACUAAAUCAAGAGAUAGCGGUGAAGGAGUACUUGAACAAAAAGGUUAAUGAUUUAGAAGGGGAACUUGAAACUACUAAGCAGAGAAGCAAAGAGAAUUUGGAGCAAGCUAUUAUGACCGAGAGGGAAAGAUUUACUCAGGUGCAGUGGGAUAUGGAAGAACUUAGACAAAAAUCUUACGAGAUGGAAAUGAAGUUAAAGUCGAGAGAGGAUGGGAGCUCAUAUGCAGAACCCACUGAACAGUCAACUAUUUCUGAAAGACAUGUUUUGUCAAAAGAAUUAGAUGCCAGUAAACAACAGCUGGAGAAUCUCUCCAGGAGAUAUGAUGAAUUAGAGGCAAAAUCAAAAGCAGAUAUUAAAGUUCUUGUCAAAGAGGUCAAAUCUCUCAGGCGUUCUCAUGUGGAACUUGAAAAGAAGCUGACUCAAUCUCUGACAGAUAAAACUGAAGCGGAGAAACUACUCCAACAGGAAAGAAAACUACUUGAGAACACUGUAGCAGCUAGAAAAAAACUGUUUAGUGACUGCAUAAUUCUCCACGACCGGCUUAAAGAGUACAACUUGAAAUUGUCCAUGGACGGAAACGGUAACUUCGUAGAGGACUCAACUACAGUAUCAGACGCUAUGCGUUUGCUGUCAAUAUCUGAUGAUCAAAUUGAGGAGGCUCAGCUGCUUGCCGGGCUUGAUGAAAAUUCUGCUGCUCAAGGCAACGCCAUGGAUAAAUCUAUCAGCGUGGAUACUGAAACAAGAAUCAUGGAGGACGAGCUGAGGAAGAUAUUGGCAGAUAUCUUUGUUGAGAAUGCCAAAAUGAGAAAACAGGUGAACGCUGCAAUGCGUCGUGCUCUCCAGAAAGACGGAAAGAUCACCGAAGAUGUGAAAGAGGAAAAUGGUGAUGAGAAAGAGGAGCCCUCAACAGAAACAUUGAACAUAUAAUAGGUAUAAUAAUAGUUGCUUUUGACCGGAGAAUAGAGUUCACAAUGAAAACUGUCAUUUUUUUUAAUUUUCUUUGAUCAAAGGACUGGUCGCUUUCUAUUACAAAACGGUUGGUCUCUUGGAGAAGCAAAUUAGUUGAAGCUGUGUAAUUAAGAUAUACACAUGUGACCACCCCGUUUGAUGAGUUCAUAAGGAAAAACAUGUGUAUUUACGUAUGGUUGUUGUAUAAUUGUAUUUGCAAUGUUAAAUCCUUUGCAUAUUAUUUUACUCUUUCUUGUGUU